ACAAUAUUGACCUUGUUUCCGAGAUAACAGUUUGUGUAUGGAGUUCAAGUGAUUAAUUCGGUCGGUAUGAAACACACAAAUAUUUUUGUUUUUCUUCUUUUCAGUCUCUCGACAACAAAAGCAUACUCCGUACGUCGUCAAGAUCCCGGGACACCGCACGGUGGCGUACAAUGCCCCCAUUUGUUCUAUCGUGGACAAAACACGUGUUACAGGGUGGUUCGAAUCCAGGCCACCUGGCCAGAGGCUUUAGCGUACUGUGAGGCUUACAGGGCGGAACUGGCCAUCAUCCAAUCAGCGGAGGAACAAAAAUUCCUGGAAAACUAUAUCAAGACAGAAGCGGCUUCCCUGUCUUCACACACGUUCUGGUUAGGUGCCUCUGACAUCAUGACUGAGGGUGACUGGCGAUGGGCAGUGACUCUGGACCAGGUUACAUACCAGAACUGGGCCCAAGGGGCUCCAAAUAACGGGCAUAACUUGGCGCACUGCCUCCAUAUCUCCGGGGGUAGCGGAUUCCUAUGGAAAGAUGGCAACUGUGAAAACAAGCAUUACUUUGUCUGUGAAACCCUUCUGUAAUUCUUGCUCUGAUUUUUUACGAAGUAAUUAAGGCGCAUUUUCCUGAAGCCCGUGAAGAUGUCAUCUCCACUGAUUAUAAUUCAUAUACAUGUAUAAUCUUACUGUAUCUGUGACGGAUCCCGAUAAAUUUACCUACAUGUCUA